AGACGCAGGCGCACGCCGCUGGUUGCUCAGGACCAUGAAGGGAUUACUCGCACUCGCUCUCCUCAGCUCGACCGCCCUCGCGGCCCCAGCCAUCGACUACCACGUUGACGGCCAGACCGUCCUCAGCAAGCAGCCCGGUUUCUCCCUCGACCUCACCGAGCAGCGCCUGGUGCUCCUCGAGGGCGACGCGACGCCCAGACGCGUAAGCGAACUCGAGAAGAUCCAUCUCAAGGCGCAAGGAAUCAACUUCUUCGAUGUCACGGAGACGCCCGAUUUGAGCGCAUACGCAGCCAAUCUCCAGCGGGAGCGACAGGCCCUUCCUAAGCCCAACGCCACCGACCUCGUCUUCCCCAUCAUCAAGUCUCUGUCCACGGACGGCCCGAAGGCGAACCUGGCUAAAUUUACCAGCUUCCGGACCAGAUACUAUCGCUCAGACACUGGCAAGCAGAGUCAGCAGUGGCUUCUAUCCAGGAUCUCCGAGAUCACGGACGAGUUCGCGCCGGACGCUUUGCGCGAUCUGAUCACCUUCAAGGAGUUCCCGCAUUCAUGGGGCCAGAACUCUAUCAUCGUCCGCAUCGAGGGCUCCACCAAGCCGGACGAGGUCGUCAUCGUGUCUGCCCACCAGGACAGCACGAACAUGUGGCCCUUCCUCCCCGCUCCAGGCGCCGACGAUGACGGCUCGGGCACUGUCACCAUCCUCGAGGCCUACCGCGGGCUCAUCGCCGCCGGCUUCCAGCCCGACCGCACGGUCGAGUUCCACUGGUACUCUGCGGAGGAGGGCGGCCUUCUGGGUUCGCAGGCCGUCGCGAAGGACUAUGCGGCGAAGCAGGCGAAUGUGAUUGCGUCGAGCCAGUUUGAUAUGACUGCUUGGGUGAAGCGCGGCACCCGCGAGGAGGUUGGGAUUAUUACAGACUUCGUUGAUGAGGAGGUCUCCAACUUCAACAAGGCGCUCGUCGACCUCUACCUCGACAUCCCCUACGUCGAGACGCAGUGUGGCUAUGCGUGCAGCGACCACGCGUCUUGGACGCAGGCCGGGUACCCUUCGUCAUUCACGAUUGAAUCCACCUUCCAGAACUCGAACAAGAACAUCCACUCGACGAACGACCGCUCCGACAUCUCGGACGAGUUCAGCUUCGAGCACAUCCUCGAGUUCUCCAAGCUCGCGACGGCGUUCGCGGUAGAGCUUGGUGGGUGGUCGAAGAAGCAGUAGACUUGGUGGAAGUAGACGUGAAAGUAGACCAUGCGAUCAGGGCGGAGUGGAUGCCCUAGGGUGGGCUACAUGCUCACGAGCACUCCGAUACCAGAGUCGUUCAGGUAGAUUGAAUACACGGAUCGGAUGGAUAUCUCACGACGUACGAUG